AUGAGUAGUCCACAUAGUGCAGGACAAUGGGGAUUUAAAAUACUUUUAAGCUGGAAGCAGAGGCAACCAAGGAGUGUCAACAAAAGGAAAGUACUGGCUGAUGCCCUCAGAGAGGUAUAUAGAGAUGAUCUUGCUGGGCUUGUAGAUGGUAACUUUAAACCUAAAAGUAGAAGCACCACAACUAAAGCUGUAAUACCACAGCAAGAAGUCACCAGACAGCACACAUCAAGCAUUGUUGAGCCGAAAACAAAGUAUACAGCACGAGGUGUUCCACCAACUGGAAGUGGAUCAGAUAAUCCAGAAGAUACUGAUAGUGAAGAAGGCAAUUCAGAUGAUGACUCAACCAAGGAGUUCUUUGAAAAAUGGCGUAACCACGAUGGGGUCUAUAUCAAUUCUUCAACUCCUAGAGGGCGAUGUUUAAUCAUCAACAACUUCAAAUUUGAACCAGAAAUGCGUAACCGGUAUGGAACAGAACAUGAUUUGAAUAGCCUAAAAGAUCUAUUCACAAAAUUCAAGUAUACAGUAACUGUAAAGACUGACCUUACUGCUAGAGAUAUAAAAGACACAUUAAACGAAGAAAGUAAACAAAGUAUGCACGACAUGUAUGAGUCAUUUGUUCUUGCGAUUCUCUCACAUGGCACUGUGGAUGCUGUAUAUGGCGUAGAUAAUGAAACAGUACCAUAUAAGGAGAUUUACAACUACUUCAACGGAGAGAACUGCAAAAGUCUAAUUGGCAAACCCAAGAUCAUCAUUAUCCAAGCUUGUCAGGGCAAAGAUGAAGAUGGUGGAGUUGUACCCGAUGGUGGUGAGGUUAAGCAAGAUGACAAUGUUGACGCCUCUUCUCCUAGUCCCUCUGAUCUAAUGGAUGAGAAAGAUUAUCCCGAUGGAGCACAGAAAUCACCAACCAUGGCAGACUUCUUUAUAGCUACUGCAACAACACAGGAUUAUGUGUCAUGGCGCAACACACAAACCGGAACCUGGUUUAUUCAGGCCUUGGUUCAUAUCUAUAGGAAAUAUGCUGGUAAAAAGGAUAUCAGUGCCAUGUCCUCCAAGGUCAACAGUCUCGUAGCAUCAAAAACCAGUACAGCUGGCAAGAAACAAAUUCCCGAUUUCCGCAAUCGGCUGAGAAAGAAAUUUUAUUUCUUCCCUGGCCACUGAAUCUAAGAGACUCUUGAUCAUUAUUUUGAGUUAUUUCUCAUGAAACGUACAAAAUAAUGUAUGAAUGUUUGAAUAAUGGGAAGUCGCAUAACCUUCUCUUGAAAGCCCAUGAAUUGUAAAACCGAUGGUUAGGCAUGUUUCUUUCUGGACAAUCAACACAUAGUCUUGCUUAAGACUCCGGACCCCCCACCCCCCCUCUCAGGUACAUACUUACAUUGUCAUAGGGGGGGGGAGCGCACACAGUCUUGAAGCAAGACUAUCAACACAGAACUGCCAUUCUAUAUUUUACAACAAAUGCACGCAUUCGGUUAAUAAAGGAACACAAGUAAUGCAAUACUAGUACUGAGAUAAGGAAAUAUACAUUCUUUGUAUUUGAAUUCUUAUGGACAUAAUAUGUAAAGAAACUAUUUAACUAUUUAAAGGGCUGGAAAUAUAAACUUAAAUUGGCAUAAAUUCCAAUACCUCCAAUUUUU